CGGCGGAGGUCGUUCGUUGGUCUCGAAAUUGCACUGGCAAUGCGUACAGGAUCAGUGCAGGCCAACGCGUGCCACGGGCGUGCUCUUUAGGGGAUGCGUCCAGAUUUUUGUGAACUUUCAUCCGAAAGCGGGAUGGGGAUGGGGUGCCCGGCUGUUGGGCUGAUGGAUCUCCAUCUUUCUGAGGGAUUUUCAUGAAACUCCGCCUCGCCUAUCGGUUUGGCAUGGCCUCAUGGCUAACUCGCUUCAGAUGACCAUCUCGGUUGUUUAGCCAUAUAGGAUCAAAGUUAAAAGCCUGAAAGCGCUGCGACGUCUAGAGUUUCGCCAUGAGUCGCCCAGCGGCUUGCAAGCGUUUCCUCGCUCCAGCGGCAGCGCUGUUGGUUUAUGUGUUCUCAUUGUCUUGUGAUGUGUAUGACGUUCCGAUGGUGAAGUUUCAGAUGGUGAAGUGCAUGGGGCGAAAGGUCCUUGCAAAUCGCUGCAGAUUGGGCAGAAAGGCCGCUGGUUGCCCAAUUCCAAUGAAUGAGAAGCUGUAUACAGAUGUGCUUGACCUUGCUGGAGUCUUCGAUAGAAACGAAAGGUUUGGAGAGUUUGCUGAUGAUUUGCUCCCAAGUGUGCCCCAUCCAGUUGAUGAUAUUGUGGCAGUGGUGAAACGACACGCUGAGAAGUUGUUCCCCGGCUGCACGUUGUCACUAGCUGGUUCGUGUGACCGGCAGGUUCACAACAAGUACUUCUCAGAUAUUGAUAUCCAAGUACACAAUUUAACUCUUGGAGCACCAUCAGAGGGAGAGUUUCACGACUUUUGCAGCCUUCUCGAGCACGACACGGAUGUUCGCAAAGUGAAAUUUGAAAAGGGAUGCAAGGCAAUUCGCUUGGAGGUUUGGGGCAUUCCGGUGGAUGUAGCAUUCACUGAACAGUUUGAUAAGGACCUGGCCAUGCAUGGGCCGGCGCAAACUUCUCGAUUGAAGGAGCUCUAUGAAGAAUAUCCUGGAGCUGUAAAGGCAGCGCGAGUUGCCAAAUGGAUCUUCCAAGACUUGAGGGGAAUGGACGUGGAAUACAUUGUGAACGACAUUGCACGAGACAGCAGCAAGCUGUGGGAGAACCGCAAACGUGAUAGUCAUGGCUGUUUGCUUUUUCGAGGAGUGGUCAUUGAGCUAGCCCAGUUUCCAGGAGUCUCACACUAUUCUUCUUUGCGUGAGUUGGAGAAGAAGGCCCGCACUGCAAGAGGCAGGGAAACACUGCUUGACCUCGAGUGGUCCUUGAAGAGAAGCCAAGUUCUUGCGAAAGUUCUUUUGCAGGAGCUACAUUGCACUGGAGUGCGCAGCAAGCAGGCGGAGGACCUACAGACCUUGUGUCAAAACGUUUCCAUGAUUGAAUAUGAAUGUCUCACACGAGAGAGAAACCAGACAAGUGCCAACAAGCUGGCCUUGCGAGUAGAAAAGGAAAUGUCAAUCUCUCAAGAAGGCGUAGAUUUGGGGUUCUCGGUCAAAUUAGAGUCCGACAAUGCAAAAGGUAAGGCAACAGGUGUUAUUCAACCCAGAAAGCAGCGAAAGAAGCGACAAGGGGAAAGAGACUCACAUACCGCCUGGUCGAAUACAUGGGAAGGGAAGUUGAUCCUUAUUUUUGAUGACAUGCUCUUCUGUGUGGAGAAUUCGAAUGAGAUCAAACAAGCAAAACCCUUGGAGCGUAAAUUCAUACAGGCAUGGUGCACUGGUGUGGAUGCUUUCUUGGAGAUGGCAACAAAGAAACAGAAACACGAGCGAUGGAAGAGCAGGACAAUGCCAGAAGGCAUGCACCAAGUGGCAGCAAGAAUGAAAGCGCUCGGCAUUGCGUCAUGUGAUAUGAUGUACAGCCUAGUCGAGGCUUCAGAUUGGCCAGCAGCGUGGAAAGCGCCUUUGUUAGCUUUCCUUUGGUUUUGGAGGAGCAAAGCCAGUUCGUGAUUUUGAUGAGAUGACAGCCAGCGGCUGUACAGGGGGUAGACGAGCCGUUGGAGCAAUGCCAAAACUAU